CUGCUGUAAAAGUAUAUAAGGUUUGUUGCAUGUUAACUAUAUGAUACAUUUUAUUAAAUUAAAAUUUUAUGUUUAAUUUACAGUUAAUUAUAGAUGAAGAUCAUACAGUAUAUGCUUAAAUGUAAUUACUGUAUAUUUUAAUUAAAGAUUUAAUUUAAAUAUUUCAUAUAAUUUGAUGGUAUAUAUUUUAUAAAAUCUUUAUUUAAUUUGCAAUGAUAUCAUCAAAAACUUAACCUAGAUUGCUAUCUCGGGAGACAUUGAUAAACUUUUUUCUGAUAAUUAACCUUAACUUGCGGAAUUUUUUCUUUUUCUAAUGAGAUUUUUAAAAUAUCAAAAAUUAAAAAUCUCUGCUAUAUAACAAAUACUUGGCUACCUCAUUUUACUCACAGCCCUGUCACAAGCAUAAUUUUAAAUUAAUUUUAUAACAUUAUAAAAGAGCUGACAUUAACUUGUAUUAUACCCUUCUUUAUAUAGAAAGAGGGGGAAGUUCCCGAGAUUGAAUGGUGGGACUCGUUCAUCAUGAAAGGGGAGAGUUAUGACAAAGUUACAACAGGUAGUGAAUUAGAAGAAGAACACUUUGAAGGUGUAACCAGUUUGGUGGAACAUCCAACACAAAUGAAAGCUCCAACUGAUCCUUUAAAACCGUCGUUUCUUCCCGUCUACUUAACAAAGAAAGAAAGGAAGAAGUUGAGAAGACAAAAUAGAAGAGAGACUUGGAAAGAGAAACAAGAAAAAAUUAGAUUGGGAUUAGAACCACCUCCUGAACCUAAAGUUCGUGUUUCUAACUUGAUGAGAGCUUUGGGCACUCAAGCUGUUCAAGAUCCAACAAAAAUUGAAGCGCAUGUUAGAGAACAGAUGGCUAAAAGACAAAAAGCUCACGAGGCUGCCAACGCAGCCCGAAAGUUAACUGUUGAACAGCGAAGAGAGAAAAAAAUUAAGAAACUAAAAGAAGAUACAAGUUUAGGAGUACAUGUUACUGUUUACAGAGUAUAUAAUUUGACAAAUCCAGCAAAGAAAUUUAAAGUAGAAAUCAAUGCUAAACAAUUAUACAUGUCAGGAUGUGUUGUGUUAUACAGAAAUGUUAAUGUUGUUGUAGUAGAAGGAGGAGCCAGGCAACAAAAGAAGUUUAAACGACUUAUGAUGAAUAGGAUAAAAUGGAAUGAAGAACAUUCAACAAAAGAUGGAACGGAUAAAGGAGAGAAAAUAGAAAACAGGUGCGUUUUAAUUUGGGAGGGAACCGUGAAACAUCGCAGUUUUGGCGAUAUGAAAUUUAAAGUGUGUCCGACAGAAAGUUUUGCCAGGGACCACUUUAAAAAGCAUGGUGUGGAACACUACUGGGACCUGGCGUACAGUUCUUCCAUUCUGGACACUGCUGAAGACAACUAGCGACAUUCAGUCCAUGAUGCAAAAUGGACAGUUUUUUUUAGAAUUCGAUCAAAAAUUAAUUUCAUUUUAUUUUUUAUAAGCAUGGUCUGUAUAUAUCAUGUAUUACAUGAGAAAAAUAAGUAUGGAUAUACAAUGAUUAAAUUUAUACAUCCAAUGAAAAUAAGUUGGUAGAAAAAAUUUCCUAACGUUUUGACGCCGACAUUAUACUGUAACAUGUGAGUAUGGAAAAAGUAGAAAGAAAGAUUCCAUAAGAAAUAACAUUUAAUAUUAGUAAAAAAUCUAAAAUUGUUUUUGUGAUUAAUGCAUAUAUUAAAGUUUUCUCAUUCAUUUCAUUUAUUUAU